AUGGAUUCUCCUACUUUGGGGAAGGUGUCUGAUUUCGGCCCGUGCUUGGUAGAGCAUUCGGAAGUAGAUGGAGAGGUGGUGAAGAGAGCUCCUUGGAACUCUCUUUUCACCCCUAAAAAGUCUAAUGUAAAGCUGGAGUUUUUUGAACCUAAAGGGAAAGACUCUAAAGGGCGAAUUUGUGUGGCACCACCUCAAGAAGUUGCUGAGCAAGGUGCAAUCAAGUGGAACACUUGCGCUGUAGGUUUUUUCCUUCGCAAAAGGCCACCAUUCUUGACGGUCAAGAGAGCUUUGGAGAUGAUGUGGACUACUUUUGGCCUCAUAGAUGUCAUGACUUCGGGGCAAGGUGUGAUUAUUCUAAAGUUUCAAGAUAUUGAGGGAGCUUCAAGAGCUGUGGAAGAAGGACAACUUACCAUGCAAGGACAGUCGUUUCUCAUUCGGAAAUGGACUACAAACCUCCCUAUGGUGAUAAAUGAUGUUAAGAAGGUGGCUAUAUGGGUUAAAAUGUAUGGCAUUCCCCUUAAGUUUUGGACUCCGAAAGGACUUAGCUACUUAGCAAGUGCAAUUGGAAAUCCGCUUUAUAUGGAUUCCAUUACCGAAGAAGGGAUAAGAUUGGAGUAUGCUAGAGUUUGCAUUGAGAUAGAGGUGGAUUCGGAAUGCCCCGAGGAUAUUAGUUUAACUUUGCCAAAUGGAGAAACCAUGGUAAUCAAUGUGGAAUAUGCAUGGAAACCUAUAAAAUGGAAUGGAUGCAAAUGUUUUGGACACUCCACAGCAAGUUGCUCUUUAGCAUUUAAACAAGGUGAUGACAUAACUUCUCGUAAUUCUUUGAAGAAGGUGGAUGGAAUUAUGGUGCCUACAAGACUGCAUGGGAAAGAUAAAAGGCCCAAGUAA